AUGGCGACGGCGGCCUUAGCUCUCCAGGUCAAUGGCCAGCAAGGAGGGGGGUCCGAGCCGGCGGCGGCGGCGGCAGUGGUGGCAGCGGGAGACAAAUGGAAACCGCCACAGGGGACAGACUCCAUCAAGAUGGAGAACGGGCAGAGCACAGCCACAAAGCUGGGACUGCCUCCUCUGACGCCCGAGCAGCAGGAGGCCCUCCAGAAGGCCAAGAAGUACGCCAUGGAGCAGAGCAUCAAGAGUGUGCUGGUGAAGCAGACCAUCGCGCACCAGCAGCAGCAGCUCACCAACCUGCAGAUGGCAGCAGUGACAAUGGGCUUUGGAGAUCCUCUCUCACCUUUGCAAUCGAUGGCAGCUCAGCGGCAGCGGGCACUGGCCAUCAUGUGCCGGGUCUACGUGGGCUCCAUCUACUAUGAGCUGGGGGAGGACACCAUUCGCCAGGCCUUUGCCCCCUUUGGGCCCAUCAAGAGCAUUGACAUGUCCUGGGACUCGGUCACCAUGAAGCACAAGGGCUUUGCUUUUGUGGAGUACGAGGUCCCAGAGGCUGCGCAGCUGGCCUUGGAGCAGAUGAACUCAGUGAUGCUGGGCGGCAGGAACAUCAAGGUGGGCAGGCCCAGCAACAUUGGGCAGGCCCAGCCCAUCAUAGACCAGCUGGCAGAAGAGGCACGUGCCUUCAACCGAAUCUACGUGGCUUCUGUGCAUCAGGACCUGUCCGAUGACGACAUCAAGAGCGUGUUUGAGGCCUUUGGCAAGAUCAAAUCUUGCACGCUAGCCCGGGACCCUACGACCGGCAAGCACAAGGGCUAUGGCUUCAUUGAGUACGAGAAGGCCCAGUCGUCUCAAGAUGCCGUGUCUUCCAUGAACCUCUUUGACCUGGGUGGCCAGUAUUUGCGGGUGGGCAAGGCUGUCACACCCCCUAUGCCCCUGCUUACACCUGCUACACCUGGAGGCCUCCCGCCAGCUGCCGCUGUGGCUGCAGCUGCAGCCACAGCCAAGAUCACGGCUCAGGAAGCAGUGGCCGGAGCAGCAGUGUUGGGUACCCUGGCCACACCUGGACUGGUGUCCCCUGCACUGACUCUGGCCCAACCCUUGGGGGCUUUACCUCAGGCUGUCAUGGCUGCCCAGGCCCCAGGAGUCAUCACAGGAGUGACCCCAGCCCGGCCUCCCAUCCCGGUCACCAUCCCCUCUGUGGGAGUGGUGAACCCCAUCCUUGCCAGCCCCCCGACGCUGGGCCUCCUGGAGCCCAAGAAGGAGAAGGAGGAGGAGGAGCUGUUCACCGAGUCUGAGCGGCCGGAGAUGCUGAGUGAGCAGGAGCACAUGAGCAUCUCGGGUAGCAGCGCCCGCCACAUGGUCAUGCAGAAGCUGCUCCGCAAGCAGGAGUCCACGGUGAUGGUUCUGCGCAAUAUGGUGGACCCCAAGGACAUUGACGACGACCUGGAGGGGGAGGUGACGGAGGAGUGCGGCAAGUUCGGCGCCGUCAACCGCGUCAUCAUCUACCAGGAGAAGCAGGGCGAGGAGGAGGAUGCGGAGAUCAUCGUAAAGAUCUUUGUGGAGUUCUCCAUGGCCUCCGAGACUCACAAGGCCAUCCAGGCCCUCAAUGGGCGCUGGUUUGCCGGCCGCAAGGUGGUGGCCGAAGUGUAUGACCAGGAGCGAUUUGAUAACAGUGACCUCUCCGCGUGA